AUGACAAUCCCCAUCCUUUUUAUUAAUCCAGCACUCACUGAUGAGCAAAUGGCUCUCCGUAUUCGGCAUUCAAGUAGCGGAAGUACUAGAAACACUGAAAAGAGCAAUAAUAUGCUUCAACAACAAUUUCAGCAUUAUUCAUCCAAAGUGCCAAUAAGUCCUAGUGGGAUUUCCCGAAUGGAUGUUUUGAGUGAACGCAUUUAUGACUUUCAUCAAAAUACAGAGCAAAAUCAAAUGCAAUUGAAUCGCAAACUGCUUUUGCGUGAUCAACUUUAUUAUGCUAUAUCACCAAUAUUUCCAUGUAUUUUCUUUAAAUUUAUUUCUUUUAACAAUGUCUUUUUAGUGUGUGGUUUGUAUAUUGUUGGCUCUUCACUGAAUGGUUUCGGCACUUUACGUUCCGAUUUGGAUCUUUGUUUAAUGAUUACAAAUAGAGAUAUUGACCAAAAAAGUGAUGCUGUUGUUGUUCUUUCUUCUGUUAUGCGAACACUGAAAACUACAAUGUUGGUUGUUGAUCAACAAUUAAUUCCAGCUAAAGUGCCAAUUCUUCGAAUUAAAUGUGGGGGUGCUUUCUCUGAUAUUAUUGUUGAUUUAAAUGUUAAUAAUUCUGUGGCAAUUAGGAACACUCAUUUACUUUGUUAUUAUAGUGCCUUUGAUUGGCGUGUUCGUUUAAUUGUUAUGGUUGUUAAAGAAUGGGCAAAAUGUCGAAACAUAAAUAAUGCAAGCCAAUCGUCGUUCACUUCUUACUCGCUUGUUUUAAUGGUUAUUCAUUAUUUACAAUGUGGGGCUAAUCCUCCAGUACUUCCUUCACUUCAAAUGUUAUAUCCUAAACGUUUUUCUGAAAAAAUUGAUGUUCGUCUUCUUAAUGUUUCGCAACCAUUGGAUCCUCUUCCAAGCCAAGUUUGGAAUUUUGAUCAACGACUUUCUCUUGGAGAAUUACUUCUUGGAUUUCUUCAUUAUUAUGCUUAUGAAUUUAAUUUUGAAACUGACGCAAUAAGUAUUCGAAUGGGACGGAAGAUGGAUAGAGCACAAGCGAUGCAGAAUCAGUCUCCAUUCAAUACACUUUCUCAAUGGCAUUGUAUUUGUAUUGAAGAGCCAUUUACAUUAAGCAAUGCUGCUCAUUCAAUUUAUGAUGAACGUAUUUUCCAAGAAAUUAAAAAGACUUUUGCUGACAGUUAUCACGAUUUGGACAAACAUAGAGAUUUGGAUCGUUUUCUUAGCGAACUUCCUCUUCAAAUUCCAACAAUUCCUGUCAAUUCUUCUCCUCCUUUAUUAAAUGGUUGUAAUAAUGGUAGUGGUGGUUGCGAACCAAUUACUAAAACAGAAACGACGACAGAAAUUGAGAAUAAUUCAAGUGACAAUAAAUUGCAACGAGGGGAAUUAUCACCUUGA